AUGUCUGCACCCGUGGAUCUGAACAUCCCAACAGCUCUCAUUCUCAUUGACAAUCAAUCCGCCUUCUGUGACCCGGAAAACCUUUCCUACUGGGGUACCGGACGAUCCAACCCACAAUAUGAGGUCAACAUCCAAGCUCUGAUCUCUGCAUUCCGAGCAGCUCGAUCCUCAGCAUCUACGUUCAUGGAAGUCAUUCACAUCUUCCACUCAUCAGUAACGCCUGGCAGCCUGCUACACCCUUCUCACCCCAAUGAUGGAAUCCGCCCAUUAGCCUUUGCCACGCCGGCAUCUGAUGGCUCAGAGCCCAUUUUCUGGAAAUCUGUCAACUCCUCUUUCAUUGGAACAGACCUGGAAGCGCAUUUGCGAGAAAAGGGAAUUCGUCAGAUCAUUAUUGCUGGGUUAACGACUGAUCAUUGCGUCUCGACCACCGUGCGCAUGGCGGCGAACUUGGGCGUUGUCGACCGCUUACUAGAUGAUGGGCCUGUCGAGAUCAAGUCUGAUGGUACACAUGUUAAGGAUAUUCGUGUUGAACAGGGGCGAAUCAUUCUUGUUCCUGAUGCAACUGCGACUUUUGGAAAGGGGGGAUUCGAUGCUGAGACCGUGCAUGCUGUUUCUGUGGCGAGCUUAGAUGGGGAGUUCUGUGAGGCUAUUAAUGCGGAGGAUGUUGUCAAGUCUUUGAGAAGUACUGUCUGA